UAUAUCGGCUGUAGACAUAAGUUGUCAAGCACAAAAUUAAACUGGAUAAGGUGACGUGAAUCGUGUAUAUCUUUGGUGAAUUCAAAAUUAAUAAAAAAAAAUUGAUAUUCAGAAGAUUUCCUAAUAAGUAAAGAGUGUAGCAGGUUCUGCGAUCUACUUCAUAAUUUUACACAUCUAAAAGUAGUAGACCUGAAGUAAGAUGGAGCGUAAAAAAGUUCUUGAGCUGGACAAGAUUUGUCGAGUAUGCAUAGCAGAACGUAAAGAUAUGCGACCAUUAUUUAGUGAGAAGAUCGCAGAGAUGCUGAUGGAGUGUGCCACUGUAAAUAUUGAAAAUACUGAAGGCUGGCCCGAUAAAAUUUGUGUGCAAUGCGUACACGCCGUGUCGCGGUGUCAUGCCUUCAAGAAGCAAGUUGAACGCAGCGACAAAGAAUUAAGGGAAUACAUUAAAAGUUUAACUGUACGUGUGGUCAUAGAAGAAACCAAUGAUAUGAAGCUGGACGCGUCGCCGCAAAAAAUGUUGUCACAGAAGCCACCUAAAUUGCAACUAAUACAGCCGCAGACACAAUUUCAAUUACAGACGCAGCAAAAUCAAUUACAAUUACAACAACAGCAAAUAAUUCUUCAGCCUCAACAGCAACAGCAGCAGCAACCACAGCAACAGCAUCAGCACCAGCCCCAAAAUCAACAACUGCAACAAGUACAGCAAUUACAACUGCAGCAGCAGCAACAACAACAACAGCCAAGUAAACGAAAGGCCGUUAGUACAUCACGCAAAUCUCAACGGCAGUCGAAAAAGUCACAUUUAUUGCCACAGCAGGUGCAACAACAACAGCACCAACAACAACAAACACUUGAACAUGUGUCGUUGCAAACAAUGGUGCAGAACGUAACACCCCCGCGCACACAGGCACAACCUGCAACUCAACAUUUGCAAACUACACAAACGUCCUUGCAGCAACAACAGCCACAACCCCAGCAACUAAUUUCCACAGCCGCCUUGCCACAACAAAUUGUUCUACCCAAUGGGCAAAUAAUUACCACGGCGCAAAUUGUCACACACGCUGGACCGCCACAGAUUGCGCAGAUAAUAAGUACGCCGAAUGGCUCAACGGUACAAGCAAACCCAUCCUCUAACACCGUUGCUGCGCAACCUCAAUUCACGCCACAAAUUAUACAAACAUCUAACGGACAGACAUUACAAUUGAUACAGCAACCAAAUGGGCAGCAAACAUUGCAGUUGGUCCACGUGAUGCCACAGCGUACUAUUGCCACCACGGCGAAUGGAACGAGCGUGAUGGUAACCACUUCCGAAGAUGGUACCACGACGAUAGUUGAUGAUGAAACAUUGAUCACGCCCGACGAGCAUAACCUGAUCGAUGAUGAAGCCGAUAUGGAAGAAGAUGAUGAACAAGAGCAAAUCUGUGAAACAAUUGUAGUGGAAGAUGAUCAGAUCACUCAUCAGCAGUUGCUAGCCGGCCACCAUACAAUCGUCGAUGAAGAUAAUUUAUCACAAGGCGAAGCACAAGAACUGGAGUAUCUAGAGGAUGUAACUGUAACCACCUCGAAUGUAGGACAUUCACAUCAUCAGCAACAUCAUCAUACCCAACACUAUCAACAGCUGAGCGAUUGUGAUGGCGAUGCAAGUCAGCAGCAACAUAUACAACUGCAUGACGAUGAUGAUAUUAUCGAAGAGAUUCACAUGGAUGAAGAGGAAAUGCUGGAAGAUGAUGGUGCAGAUGUUAUGCAUGUGAUGGAAGGAGAUGGUAGCGAAUUUAUUAGUGACGAAGAUGGCAGUCAACAACAUUUGGUUGGAGAGAACGGUGAUCCGCUGCAGUACACUGUGCUCGAAGCAGCCACCGACGAUGAAGAGCUCGUUGAAAGCGACGUAAAAGAAGUGCUGCAAGCUGCUUGCGGUUCGGAAAUGCAGAACGUUGUCGAUUUAAAUCAAACGGUCAGUAGUGUGGCAAGUGGUUGUGGCGGCGGAGGCGGUGGCGUUGGAUCAGGUAGCGGCGCAUCUGUAGGCAGCCAAACACCAACACCCAAGCGUCAUCGUAAAUCGAAUGCCAAAGCCGUUGCCAAUUCACGACAACUAGUUGCCACCGCAUCCUCAAUAGCGACAUCCGGGGCCUCGGACGAUUUGGAUUUCGAUCCCAAAUUUAUUGCCGAAAUUAUAAGUCAGCAAACGACUGUGCUCGGAUCCGGUCGCCAUGUGUGCAAUUUAUGCCGCCACGAGUUUAAACAAUUUAAAGCCCUGCAUAAUCACAUGCAUCAACAUUCGAAUUGGAUACGUGCAAAUUGCAAGAAGCAACCGCAGUGUGAAAUCUGCCUUAAAAGCUUUAAGGGUCCAGGCAUGCUAAAGAUGCACAUGAAGACACAUCAAUCCGCUGCGCGCACACCUACCUGCAACAUCUGUAACAAGAGCUUCAAAUCAAAAGCGAUACUAUAUCGCCAUCGGCAAACGCAUCAACUGCGCUCCUAUGCUUGCGCCGUGGAUAACUGCCGCAAAACAUUCUCGAUGCCACAAACGCUGCGUACGCAUUCGGACAACAAGCACCCGAACGCAAAGCAGCCGAAAUUUAAAUGUGGUGAAUGUAGUUUACAUUUUGACGAUGUGGAUAUGCUGCAUACGCAUGUGCAGACGGGUGUGCACUGUGAUACGUUAACUAUGGAAAAUGGUGAUGGUGGAGGCAAUAAUGGUGCUGAUGGCUCGGGUGGUGGCAGUAUAGAUGGUUCGGGUUGUAUGGACGGAAAUAUGGCGGGUAACACUAUAAUUGUUGUUACGCAGGGGUAGGUUUGCAGUUGCUAGGCAAACUGCGCUCAUUCCCCGCUCGGUCGUUCUCUCUCAGCGCCAGUUUUGUAAAUUUGAUUGGUUUCCUCUAUGGAAAAAAAUGCUUUCCCAAUGUGCUAGAUUUAAUGUUUAAUUUGUUCAAAACAAAAUAAACAAUUCAACAUUAGAAUUAAUUAAUUAAAAUAUAGGAUUAUUUUUAAUAGCAAUUAUUACAUUUAAAAAAUACAUAUAUACUUGUAUGUAUUAAACAAACCAACAAACAUAUGUACAUAUGAAUGAAAAAUGAAAUUAUUUUUAAAUAUACAAAAUUUACAAACUAACUCGUAAUUAUGGAAAUGACAAAGCAAAACAAUAAAAAUAGAAAACAUGAAAAUGUUAGGUAAUAAAUAAAUCAACGAAUAUUAAAAUGUAUUCAAAAAACUGGUCUUUGACUUAAUAGACAAAUUUUUAAACUAUCUUUAAUUAAAUUACUUGUUAUUUUUCUAGCGCCAGAAAGUGUUUUUCAAUUGUUUUUAACAAAUACUGCCGAGUUAAUAGUCAUCAGGCAGAUAAUCAUUUGGGUUCAUUCCGUAUAUCGUUAUCAUUGACUUUUAAUUCAGUAAUUCGGCAUUAAACUUUAUUUAGUUUAACUAAUCUUAGUUCUAGAAAGAGCGCAUUUUAUUCGGUUUGGGCUCAAAACAGUCUGGAGAAUAGCAGUUUUAAGCAAUAACAGUUGGUUUUUUAUAUUCGUUAAUACAAUAUAAACUUCUGAAUCAUGGUCAACAUUCCAACACUUCAUUGACAUUACUGAACCUCCUCAAAUUUGCCUAAAAUAUACAUACGUCUAUAAUUAUAAUAAUAUAAUUAGUUGAAAUCUUAACGGUUUUCUUGCUAUCCAACUUUUUUUAUGUACUAAAAUAAUUUGUAAGAAUCGAAACCUAAAGAUUUAAGAAUAAAAUAUAUUUAAAGAUUAAUCCUAUAACUCAAUUCGUUCUAGCAAAGCAAGUCGCUAUAUUGUCUUAUAGCUUUAUACGAUCCCUUCACCUUUAUUUAAUAGCGUAUGGCUCAAACACGUACUUUCAUUAAAAAGUAGACUCUUUAAAUCACUUUUGCAACACUUGCAAUUCUGUUUUCUUUAUGUUUUUCUUUUUCUGUAGAUAAAAAAAAUACUUCCAGUAAAACUUUUGUUUACUUUUGUGUUAUUGCUUUCUUUAACAUUCUAUUUACUUAUUGAAGAACUUGUUUUUUUUUUUUUGCUAUGCAUUUAUAUUUGUAUUAAUUGCUAACGUCAACAAAACGUGUUUAGUAGACUUUUUAAUUAUUUUUAAUAAAAAAAAAAAUG